AUGUACCCACACCAACGAGGCCGGUCCCCGGCGAGGACUCGUUACGACGACGCGUAUGAUCAACGACGAGACGAUUCUGCUCUUCGCGACGGAGCGUAUGACGAGCAGGACGACUACUAUCGAUCGCGGCAUGGAUACUCUCGGUCUCCUCCCAGGACCAGCUUGCCGUACGACGACCUCCCAGAAGGGGAUCCGCGGUACCACGAUGACGCAGGUUUCGAUAGGCGGGGGCGGUCUCGUGAUGCCUACGACCAGCCACGCUACGAUGACCCCGGACCGCUACUCCAGGUCCAGACGUCGGAGUCGGAGCUAUUCGCGGUCCCCGCCCGUCAUCCCGGGAGUCCGAGCGAUACUGUAAUUCUAGAGGGUCUACCUGCGGACAUUGCUCUCAGCGAAUUCCAAUCCCGCUUGUUGAGCUCGUCAGUUCUCUCAGCUGAGGAAUUUGUCGAUAUACGAAUGCCUAACUCGUCUGGAGCGCGCCGGGCCUUUGUACAGUUCCAUACCGUCGACCAGGCAGCCGCAUUUGUCGACAGGAAUUUCCCAGAACUCAUCUUGAAGGUACCAGACUCGCGGGAUGGCGCCGAAUCGGAUAGAAUGGUCUUGUAUCUGCACUUUGCUAGGUCUCGCGACGAUGGGGAUCGUCGACAGCCACCGAGUGAACAAUGGAUCUGCCCAUCGUGUGAUUUCUCCAACUACGCGACUCGCAUGCGGUGCAAGACGUGCGGCUUUGCGCAAUCCUCAUCAAUGGGGUCUGGGUACAAGGAGCUGUUAACGGGCGAAACGGAUGCUUCAAAUGAUGCCUCCCAGUUCAUAGUCAUCUAUCCUUUGGAUCCAUGUGUGACGGAGGAGGUGCUCGAAUUCGGCAUUAAGAAGCUCGAAAUCACCGAAAAGCAAGCCCCUCCCGAGAGCCAGGCUCAGUCCCUGAAAUACGGGUUUGCCGAGUUUUGGACGCUGGAGGACGCGGCGGCAGCCUUGGGCAAGUUUAGAAUGUCGCGAAACUUCACCAUUGGAGGUGCCGCUGUCAACAUAUUCUCGAUACACAUGGGGGUCUUUGUGCCCGAACUUCAGCAUGCCAACCCCGAAGAGGACAAAUUUUCGUUUGUGCCUCUCUUCAACCCAUCCAUUCGCGUCAAGUACUGGGAUACACGAGUGUUUGCCAACCAGCGUGUGGUGAACGCGGAGCCCCCGGCUGCAGCAAAGUCGGCAGCUGAAGCAGCUUCCAACAGCGCAGAAGCGAAGAAGAAUAAGAAACGAAAAGCCGACGGAAGCCUCGGACCGCAAGCGCCGAAGAAGCCGGUGGCGAUGGCUGGUCAAAUGGCGGUAUGGCAGAAGAAGCACGACGAGCUACACACGGACGGCAGCAUGGGAUCCGGCGAUGAUCGAGGUUCUGCCAAUGAAGGCCCCGGGGAGCCGAAGCGCCAUGGGGGAAGACGUCGUUCCCCCAAGCCCAAGGGCGCGGCAGCUCCACAACCUGAGCCUUCUCUUUCGUAUGUUGACCGGGACCGAGUCUGCUGCCUGUUAUGCAUGAUGAAGUAUAAGUCGGUCGAUGAUUUAGAUACCCAUGAGCGCUCAGGAAACCAUAAACGAGCCAUGGAGGACGAGAGCAAAGUCAAGGCGGCGAUGCCCCGCCUCGCAGCCCGAGACAAGAGGCUCCGGGAGCAGGGCAAAGCGGAAGGCGACAACGAAGAAGACAAGUCUCAGUAUCGAGACAGGGCCAAGGAGCGCCGCGAGGCCUUCAACCAGCCGAAGAAGCCGGUUCCCCAAGCAGUGAAGCAAAAACCGGCCAAGGCGGAGGGCUCGUCGUCGUCCUCGACGCCAGCGGCUCCCACGGCGCCUGCUCCCUCCAAGGGCUCUGCCAUGCUCGCCAAGAUGGGAUGGGCGGGCCAGGGCCUAGGGGCGAAUGGCGAGGGUAGAACCGACAUCAUCGUCACCAACGCAUACCAAGAGGGCGCGGGACUCGGGGCGGAAGGAGCCAACUUGGGAGAUGCCGGGGAGCUGGCGCGACGGAGGACCAAGAACGAUUACGGAGAGUACCUGUCGACGGCGCAAGAAAAGGCCAGGGAGCGGUACAAUCGGCUGAAUUAG